AUGCAGCCACCGAGGACCUUCACCGUCCGGCGAACACAUUUCCGACCACCUUUCCAAUGUCAGACGCCUCCAUCAUCGAACACCUUGAUUUCACCAGCAAAAUAUAAUUUCAGUAUAUACUCUCCGCCGCCGAGAAGACGGCGACGGGAUGGGCCGGGAAGACAGCGGCCGAGAAGACGGCGACGGACUAAGACUUCGGCGGGGUCGAGACCUGGUGCGUGCGGUGGUCAACCUGGGGUCCAACUAAGGACGGUGGCGACGUCGAUGGAUUCGGCGGAGGUCGGGGAUAUCGAUGGACGAGGCGGACCUCGCAAUCCUCUUCCUCUACCACCUCGAGCUUGUCGCUUAGCCCAAAAGGUCAACGAGACGAUGAGGAGGUGGUAG